AUGGAGAGUUUCGUAGACUCACUAGCAGGUGGACUGGGCGGCCUGGCGUGUGCAGUGGCAGGUCAACCGUUGGACACAGUGAAAGUGAAGCAACAGACGUAUCCACGCGUGUAUUCCUCGCCUCUCUACACACUUGCCAAAACCCUGAGGGAAGAGGGAGGGUUGCGAGGUCUAUAUGCUGGAUGCGGUGCAGCCGUAGGAGCCAGCAUAGCCGAAAACGCGGUGCUGUUUGUCUGCUACGAGCGUUGCCAGGAUCUCGUUCACUGGGUCUCUGGAGACGACCAGGGCAGAGAUGGACUGAGUGUCAUGAAACAGGCAUCCGCUGGAUCCUUAGCGAGUGUAGCGUCCAGCGUGGCCAUCAAUCCCUUCGAGAGGAUCAAGUGUAAAAUGCAAGUGCAGGGGCAGCAGAAGCCGGAGGGUGUCAGCAGAUUGAGUCAGUGGAGUGUGGUUGGGAACAUUCUACGUGAGGAGGGGGUGAGGGGGUUUUAUCGUGGGCUGACAAGCACGUGGGCACGGGAGGUGCCUGGUUAUUUCUUCUUCUUUGGCUGUUACAAUGCUAGCCGUAGGCUCCUCUCCCCUCCUGGUGAACUGCGCAGCAACCUGAGUGUGUGGAGACUGACUGUAGCUGGAGGACUGGCUGGAUGCUGUUUCUGGACUGCCAUUUUCCCAACUGAUGUUGUCAAGUCUCGAGUGCAGGUCAAUGAAAGUUUGUCAGGCUCAUUUUGGCUCACCAUGUUUAGAAUCAUCAGAACUGAAGUAGACAUCUCCCACUCUUCGUCGGGACUUCGCGCAUGGACGCUAGACCGGCUGAAACGAAAUCGGGCGAGGGUCUACGGCGCUUUUGCUGCAACUUAUGAUGCUACUCCUCAGUAUGUGAAGGCCGACGCGACAGAAGACCUUAUUGCGAGAGCGAGAUUGAGAAUCAAUCGAGGAGUUGAAUCUGUACCAGUGAGGGUCCUAGCUAUACUGAUCCUGGCAGUCGAUGUCCUACUGGUGGUGGUGCAACUAGCUCUCAAGGACGAGUUCCCAGUCUUUGUGGAGGAGCUCAUUGAAGUUCUGAGUCUCCUUUUCUCUGCCUUUUUCUGUGGAGAGGUUUCUCUGAGGAUUGUUGGACAAGGGCUGGUGUUUUUCAAGAGGUGGUUUGAAGUGCUUGAUCUAGUGGUGAUAGUGGCGUCCUCCGUCCUCACUGUCUUGUUCAUUCUACUGGAGGACCAUUCUGGAGUUGACAGCAGUGGUGGUGGUACUGUCGUCUCAACGGCUCGGCUCUUUGUUGUGGGGAGGUUGGUCAGAGUUGUCUUCUGGACCAAAAUUUUCUAUGAGCAGAAAAGUCUGCAACGAUUUAUCCGGUCAAAGGUACUAAGUCACAAGUCACAUGAUGUGAGUAUGAGAGAGUCUGCAGACCGGGUGAUUGCCAUGUCUUUCCCGUCCAGUGGCAGUGCCACUUUCUACCGAAACUCCAUCCGAGAGGUGAGUCAGUUUCUGGACCAGAAGCACCCUGGACACUACCGUGUCUACAACCUCUGCUCUGAGAAAGAGUAUGACCCUAGUCAUUUCCAUCACCAGGUCUACAGGGUGCUCAUCGAUGACCACAAUAUCCCAAAACUAACUGAUCUUGUUGACUUUUGUGAGGAUGUGCAGGGCUGGAUGGACGAGGACCCUAGCAAUGUUAUAGCUGUUCACUGCAAAGGAGGGAAAGGCCGCACUGGGAUGAUGGUAGCAGCCUGGCUAGUGAGGUCUGGGCAGUUUCCUCAGGCCCAGCAGAGCCUGGCCUACUUCAGAGAGCGUCGCACUGAUCGCAGCAGAGGAACCAAGAGCCAGGGAGUGGAUACUCCUAGCCAGAGUCGGUAUGUGUGUUACUACGAGCGGCUGCUGACAGAGCUGUCAGGAGAGCUUCCUCCACCCACGGCACUGAGGCUCUCCAAGAUGGUCGUAUCUGGCCUCCCUGGGCUGCGUCAGGAGGGAUGCAAAGACUGGAGAUUCGAAGUCUUCCUCAUGAAGACAAAGAUAUUCCAGUCCAGUCUUGGCAGCCCACACCUGGAGCAGGUGUUGGUGAGUUUGGAUCUGGACCAUUCAGCAGUGUGUAUAGUGUUCAAUACUGACCAUCCAUUGGUGCUAACUGAUGAUGUCAAAUUCAAGUUUUACUGCAGUAAUAAAUCAGUACCAACUGGCUCUGAUAAAUGUCAGUUUUACUUUUGGUUGCACACCACCUUUGUUCGGGAGAACAGACUCUUUCUCAAAAGAUCAGAGAUUGACAAUAUGCAGAAGUCACGUGUACGCAGGUCCUACCCACCCACACUCUCUGUAGAGCUUCUGUUUCAACUAUGGGAAGGAGAAACUCGUAGUGAAGACGGCUUUGAGCUCGUCGCACGCUCGUCUCGGCAACUAGACAAAAUGCGCCAUAUCUACUCUCUUCUGCUGCUCCUGGUCGUCUUGCUCUCUCUCGGCCAGUGCCGCCAUCAGAGCCCUGCAGUGGGCGAGUCCUGCACGGAGCUCGUGAAGGACCCUAACAGGUGCGACGAGCCCGAGGAAGUGACCGAGUCUGUUGAACCUGUGGAAGAAACGGAGAGAUUUGGCCCCAAUGUGUGUGUUACAGAGCGGAUGGAGCUUGUGAAUGCUAGUGACUAUGUCGUCGAACGUUCAUGCAGAUUCUUCUUCCUUGGAAUUCCAGUCCGGUGCAAGAGAGUCUGUGUGCAAGCGGAAACAUGCUCAGUUCGCAAUGUCUCCAGCAGAGUCUAUGACUGCUGUCCUGGAUUUGCAGCUCACUCCGGACGCAAUCAUGGCUUUGGUUAUGGUAUUGUCAGACACCCAGGCAUGAGAACCCUGCGGAGGGAAGGCUGUCCUCUUGAGAUACGGGACUCAGUUGCCAGUUGUUUAGAGGAUCUCGAGCUCUCAGAUUUUGCUGCUGCUCUUGAGAGAAUUGGACUCAGUUCUCGACUUGCCAGUGCUGAUGAGGAGCUCACUGUGUUUGCUCCUGUCAAUGAGGCCAUCAACGGAGCUUUUCUGUCCCAAAGGGCUCUGAAUGCUCAUGUCAUAGCCGAUGAUGUGGUGAGAAACAGAGAUCUUCGCGAUGGAGCUGUUCUGCGACCGCUGGAUGAGUCCACACUGCUCCAUGUCACCGAUGAACAUGCUAGAGAUAUGGGUUACACAGAGGUUACAUUUAUUAAUGGAGCAGAAGUCAAUACCAGUGAUGCCUGUGUGGCUGAAAAUGGAGUGGUUCACACUCUGAAUGCAAUCAUUCCUUCGUCUCCUGACAGCAUUGCUGAGUUGUUGAGAGCUGAGUCUCAGUUCAGUGACUUUGUACAGCUGCUGGAUGCUACUAACAUAACUCAGUUCCUGGACAAUGGUCGGAACACCUCUCGCACCGUCUUUGCUCCUACUAACAAUGCCUUUGCCAACCUCUCUGAGGGAGCCCUCGAGUGCCUCGUGAGGCCCGAAAACAGCCGUGUUGUAAAGAACCUUGUGCUCCUCCACAUUUCAGCUCCAGCCCAGUACACUUCAUCUCUAUCUCUUCGCAGCUACAUCCAUACAUUCCAUCCUCGCUACUCCCUCCUGGUGUGUGUCAUCAAUGGUGGCAUCCACCUGACUAGAGAUAACGUUCCUCUGGAGGAGACAGACUUCACUGCCAGGAACGGAGUCAUUCACACUCUGGGGAGCGUCCUUCUGGCUGAUAUGAUUGAUUUCGAGGACCUUUGCCCACCUGCGCCGCCAUCUGGCCCCAUCCCUCCUGUUCCUGUCCAGCCCCCGGAGCCAGGAGAGACCAUUCAACCACAGGGCCCUGCUGUUCCUCCUGAACAGCCUGAGUUGGCGCAAUGUGAGUUUAGCACAACCACAAAAAUUCCAUCAACAAACUCGUCCGGGUACGGAGGUCGUAAGAUGGCGGAGAGAGCUGACUUUCCUCACGCGUUCACUCACUCCAAACGGCCCAGGCUGUCGGACGAGCGGCAUUCCUCUCACCCGUCUCGGCCAGUCCACCCAAUCCUCACAGAUGACGAGCCAUCCAGCGAUUCUGACAGCGACCCUGAGCCCGACCUGCCGGCAGGUCUGGAGGGAGCUGCCUUUGCUAGCAGAAUGCCGGCCAACAAGAUGACACAACAGGAGGCAGAGUUCUUCCCGGACGUGGCCCAUGGGAGUCAGCCAGCCUUGAUGGAGUUCCUUCUCAUUAGGAACAGGCUACUGCAGGCGUGGCUGGCUGACCCCACAGUACAGCUGACCACAGAGAAGGCCCAGACUUUGGUCCAGCUACCUCAGUCAGGCAAGAGCAAUCUGGUGCUGCGCAUACAUGGCUACCUCCAGAGGUAUGGGUUCAUCAAUUAUGGCGUGUUCUCGCGACAGAACCCAAUGCACGGCAAGAUGCCGUUUAAGGUGGUGGUGGUAGGGGGCGGGGUGAGCGGGCUCAUGGCUGCUCGACAGCUCACGUACUUUGGCCUUGAUGUCAGCAUUCUGGAGUCUCGGGAUCGUAUGGGAGGUCGGAUCCACACCUUCAAGAGUGGGCCAUAUGUUGCAGACCUGGGAGCGAUGGUGAUCACUGGUCUUGGAGGGAACCCCCUCAGUGUCCUCAAGAAGCAGCUGUCUCUCCAAAUGACCAAGAUACACCGCCGCUGUCCCCUGUACUUCACCACUGGAGAAAUGGUUCCCAAGGAAAGGGACAAGACAGUGGAACUGGAGUUCAACAGACUCCUGGACUCCGUGUCUCACCUUUCUCAUCAGCUCCAGACUGAGCUCCUGGAUCUCAGGAAGAAACUCACCUCCAUCCAGAACAAGAUAAAGUCCACCCACGAUCGCAGGGGGAAGCUGAUGAAGGCAGCGUCAAGUGAGGAAGAUCGGCAGUUUGUGUUGCAGUCGACGGAGGCUGAGCUAGUGAGUUUGUUCCGUAGCCAUGACGACAUGCAGGAGCAGCAGCAGGAGCUCGAGAACAGGAUUGAUGAAAUGGAAGACCAGCAGCUUCCGUCAGUCUACCUCAGUCCACGGGACCGCCAGAUUCUGGACUGGCAUUUUGCCAACCUGGAGUUUGCCAACGCUGCCCCACUGGACAAGCUCUCCCUGCGCCACUGGGACCAGGAUGAUGACUUUGAAUUCACUGGAGCACAUCUGGCUCUGCGAGAAGGCUAUGACCAACUUCCUUCCUCUCUCGCCAAGGGACUGGACAUCCGUCUCAACACAGAGGUCACCUCCAUUCACUACUCCACUGACGGGGUGGAGGUCCACGCUCGCUCCACACAGACCGGCUGCUCCUCCAUCUUCAGAGCCGAUGCCGUCGUUCUGAGUGUGCCUCUCGGAGUGCUGAAAGCCAACGUCAUGACUUUUCAUCCCCCACUUCCAGAAUGGAAGACGCAAGCGAUCAAUAAUCUCGGCUUUGGCCUCCUUAAUAAGGUGGUGCUGUGCUUUGAGCAGAGGUUCUGGGACUCCCACGUUCAUUUGUUUGGCCACGUUGCCACGGGAACGGCCUCUCGCGGGGAACUGUUCAUGUUCUGGCACCUCAGCCAUGCACCCGUGCUGAUAGCACUGCUGGCAGGGGAAGACGCUGUUCGCUUUGAAGGUCUACCAGAUGAUGUGGUAGUGGCAAAAGCGGUGGCAGUUCUGAGGUCCAUAUUUGGAGAUCCAAUAGUUCCUGAGCCUAAGGAAAGUCACGUCACCCGCUGGAGACAGGAUGAGUAUGCUCGAGGGUCCUACUCUUAUGUGGCUGCAGGUUCCAGUGGAAACGACUAUGAUUUCCUUGCUGCAGCUGUCAGUCCUGCCAGAAAUGGUCCUCUGGUGCCAAGGCCACGGGUGUUCUUUGCUGGAGAGCACACAAUGAGGAACUACCCUGCCACCGUCCAUGGGGCCCUGCUGAGUGGGCUGCGCGAGGCGGGGAAGGUUGGGGACAUGUUGCUAGGCGCUCCCUACACCCCGAGACCUCUGUCCACCAAUGCUGAAGUUGUGCUACCACCUGCUCCUCUCUCUGAACUUGUUCAACAGACGUAGCUGCCAUCUUCCACGAACUAAACUGACUCUCUAUUUUUGCAUAUUGCGAAAAUCUUGUUGCAUUCAAGUUUUGUACCGUGACAAUUAACUUUUGGGCCACUCUUUUUGCACAUUAAUGGAGGUAGUGGU